AGAAAUCAAAUUGCCCGAAUGUCAAUAUUUAUGUAUUUAACGUUUCAUUGCUAUAUUUACCUAUCUUUAUUUCAUGUAAGGAAUGGCAAACUCGCCAGUUUUGAAUAUUACUUUAGGCACGCGAACGUGCAGUCAAAAUAAACCCAUUCUUCCUUAUGACCGAAGUCGCUCUCGCUGUGUUGUUGUGUUUUGUCGUAUUGUGAAUUUGUGAAUCACGUCAAUGAAGACUCGGCAUCACACGCGAAGGAAGAAUGGCAGAUGAACCCCAGCAAACGGAAGUCAGUAGUCAGCCUGAUGAUGAAGAGAAUAAACGUUACUGCUGGGUCUGUUAUGCAACAGAUGAAGAUGAUGAAACAGCCCCAUGGGUUAAACCAUGCAGAUGUAGAGGCACAACAAAAUGGGUACAUCAGUCAUGUCUACAACGUUGGGUAGACGAAAAACAGAAGGGAAAUUCGACAGUGAAGGUUAAUUGUCCACAAUGUGGAGUAGAAUAUUUUAUUGCUUUUCCUAAUAUGGGUCAGCUAAUGCUGUUUCUAGAUAGAGUUGAUGCUUUCAUAUAUAAAGUAUGUCCUUUUGUUGCUGCGGGGGUAGUUGUAGGAUCUAUUUACUGGACAGCUGUUACCUAUGGAGCAAUAACUGUCAUGCAGGUUGUCGGUUACCAGGAGGGUAUGGCACUAAUGGAACAAGCUGAUCCCCUUGUGUUGCUGGUGGGAUUGCCAACGAUUCCCAUCUUCUUAAUACUCGGAAAGAUGGUUCGUUGGGAAGACAAAGUUUUGAGACUUAUACGAGCAUCAGUACAACGGCUUCCUUUUUUAAAGUACUUACUUCCAGCUUUUAGGUAUGAAGAAGCAACAGGAGUCAGUACUACAGCAGUCAUAAGUGAUCCGGUAAAUGCCACAAGGGUUUUGUGUGGCGCGUUAUCCCUUCCUACCAUAGCAACCAUUGCUGGGCGUCUUUUCUUUCCAUCGGCACAAGAUAACUUGAACAGAACUCUUUUAGGCGGUGCAUCAUUCCUCCUGGUUAAAGGUCUGUUCAAAGUCUACUACAAGCAACAGCAGCAUGUCAUGCAAAGCAGACGCAAGAUUAUUGACUAUCCUCAGGACUCGUCGACACAGGUUCCCCUAAGUAGUAGUGCUGGGGGAGCAGCAGCUUCUCACGCAUCACCCUCAGUAAGCCCUCAAGAACCUUCGUCUUCUCCCACUCCUGACUGUCAGUCUGUAGAAACAUCUUCUCAGGAUUCUUCUUCGUCUACCCAGUCUUCUUCUAUCUUAGGUCACCCUCUAUCUAGCCAUCACUGUGAACAGUACCUGCGUCAGCAACAACAGUAAUAGAAUUACAGAUUGAAAAUACACACACACAUAUACAUAAAUAUAUAUAUAUAUAUAUUACAAAAUGUUUACUUUUUAUCUUGCCAGAAACCUUGAAUAGUUAGUUGAUGAAUGUGUGCGCAUGUGUGCAUCUCUUGGUACUUGGUUUAUAAGAAAACUGUUAUUUAUAUUUGUAUGCAAGACAGAUGGGUCUUAAGAGUUAGCAAGAACUUUGCUGGCAUUUCCUAUAAUUGUGUAUGUCAUUAUGGUAUAGAAAUGUUUUUAUAUAGAUAAGGUUACAAUGACCUUUAAAACGGACAGCACCAGGAAUACGUAUCUUGGUUUUACUUCAUUUGGACAAUGCUAGUUUUUUAUUCCAAAGUAACAAAAUGACUGACUGAAAUAGUGCAAUUGUUUUUCAAAUUCCCCCACAAUAUUUAUACUACUUUUGUACUAUGGGUGGUUUGCCCUUCAAACAGAUUUUUCAAAGUUCAUACUGGUUAUUGUACUUAGCUUUUGUUGAUCCAUUAAUUCUUAGUCGCAGAAUGAGAAAGACUUGAAUUUUAGAGGGUCAGCGGACAGAUUAUACCAUUCCAUUUGCUCCAUGUGUAUAACUUCACUAGGAAACAGAACAGUUUUUAUUUGUUUUUAUUUCAAUUCCAGGUGUUGCAAGCUGUUUUUCAAAUAUACUGGACAAUUGUCCUGUCAGAAAACAAAUUCAUUAAUGUAUAAAGGCCUUCCUAAUGAAGAAGGAAUGUACAGUUUUGGAAUACUAAUUUUGAGUAAUGCAAGGCACACAUUGUUGUUUUGGUAAUUUAAGUCUCCAAUUCUUACUUUGCCAUUAGUAUAUCUCCACUUCUCUGUGAAGCAUUUUAUUUAUCAUUUUUAUACCAUACAUUUCAAGUAGCUACUGUUGAUUUAUUAGGAUUUCACAAAGUUGAAAAAGUAAAACCAAAUUAUUUUGUGAUGGUAUAAGCCUUUUUCUAACAUUGUUGUGGAAAGGCUAAUUACUAAUGCUUGAUAUUUUCUAAGUCAGGCUAGAUAUGGUCAUGAAUAUUGUUUUAUAAGUACAGUAUUUUCAAUAGAAAUUGAUUUUGAUAUAUCCUUAAAAAAUAUGUAAAAAAUUGAAUGUACUUGAGGUAAUGUUCUCUCUUAAUUGUAGUUUUUUGUAAAAUAGAACUAGCAGUCUGAUUGGAUUGGCAUGCAGUUCCUUCGAUAGAAUUUCAACAGUCUUUGAGCGGUGAAAAUGUCCUUGGGAUGGAUUAUAGAGAUUUUACUAUCUAUUGAUUUUAUUACAUAGUAGAUAACCAGAAAGGUUGGGUUUGUGUUUUAGUGAAGCAGUCAUUAUUUUGUUAAGACCAAGUUUGUCUUUUUCUUAUCGUUUGAAUAUCCCAGGUUAUUGCAGAAUUUGUGGAGUAUUGAAGGGUAUGUUUUUUGUAGUGUUUCUCAUUUUUUCCCCUCUGUUCAUAACUGUCAAUUAGAAUUUAGUAUUUUGUCUCUCUUUUAGGUUUUAGUUGUAUGUAUUCACAAUGCUGUUUUAAAGAUUAGAUAUUGACGGUUACUGUAACCAGUGACAUCUAUACAGCUAAACUUUGUUUUUCUUUUUUUGUAAAUAUGUUAAUUUGCAGAGUAAAAUUAAUGGUGAAAUUACAUUGAAUUGUUGUUACAGAAGUGACAGAGUGAUAUGGACUUCUCUUUGGAGAAUCGAAUAAAAAGAGAAAACUGUGAUAAGUGAUCCUCACAUGUACAGGCAUUUGGAAUGUAAAAAUGAAAAUACUAUUUGGAAUUAGGUUCAUAUUAUGACCUAAAGAAUAAUUGUUAAGGUUUUGUUUUGUAACCUAGAAUUAUUAGUUUGGAAUUCUUUACAUCUUACGUUUAUUUGAUAGUAAUUUAGUAUAGAGGCAGUCCCCAGUUAUCGGCGGUCUCCGUUAAUGGCGAUCUGGUUCAAUGGUGCUUGUCUAGGGCCAUAAUAUUGACGAUUUAAAAAAAAAUAUAUAUAUAUUGGCGAUUUAUGGUGCCAUAAGGGCUGAUAAUAGUUAUGGUACCAUAACAUACGUAACAGGCACCAUUCCCAGUUAUCUGCGCCAUAAAUUUCCGCGUUUUGGUGAAUGGCAGUUUUUGCUUAACAGCACCCUGCCUAGAACGGAACCCCCGUUGAUAACCGGGCACUGCCUGUAAUGUAUAUUAUGUAAAAAAAUAUUUAGAGUGAAUGUAAGUGUAACUCUCAGUAUAUAAUUAAACCUUUUCAGAAAUACAAA